AUGGAGGAAAUUUGGAUUAAGCACUAUUGCAGUAAUCACAAGAUAUUGCUUGUGGGCGAAGGAGAUUUCUCUUUUGCCGCAUCAUUAGCCUCUGUAUUCGGCAAUGCUUCUAAUAUGACUGCAACAUCUCUCGACUCUGAGGAGGUGUUGGGGAGAAAGCAUCGUACUGCAGCAGCAAACCUGGAUUUCCUUAAAAGCAGGGGUUGUACCGUAAUGCAUGAAGUGAAUGCUUGUACCAUGAGCCGACACCCUCAACUCAGGAACGUGGAAUUCGAUAGAAUCGUGUUCAAUUUUCCCCAUGCUGGCUUCACUGAGUCUGAAUACACCUCUUAUCAAAUAUCGCUGCACAAGAAGUUGGUUCGGGGUUUUUUUAAGAGCGCGUACAAAUUGGUGAGUGCGGAAGGUGAGGUUCACGUGACGCACAAAACCACUUACCCAUUUUCAGAGUGGGAGAUAGAAAAAUUAGCAGAAACAGCAGCAUUUGAAUUAGUGGAAGAGGUGGAGUUUUACAUCUCCGAAUACCCUGGCUACAAGAACAAGAGAGGAGAUGGAAACAAGAGCAACUCUACAUUUCCUAUAGGAGAAUGUUCGACUUUCAAGUUCGCCAAGUACUAUUGA